CAGCCCUGAACACCCCGGUUCUUAGUGUUGCUCUCUAUCUUGUCCUCCAGCCCUGCUGUGCCUGGUGACAUUGAUUCUAGCCUCCCUAGGCCGAGCUUGGACUCUUGUGGUCCUCUACCUGCUCUGGCUCUAUCAAGACAGACACACACCCAGGAUGGGGGGUCGCCGGUCUGCCUGGGUCCGCAACUGGGCAGUCUGGAGGUAUUUCCGAGACUACUUUCCCAUCAAGGUGAGGACCCCAGAAGGAGCGCUGGGUUGACGGAUGGGUGGGUGGGGCUUCAAAAUAGAUGAGUGUGGCCAUCCCUCUCCCGUCUCCAAAGCCGUUUCUCACUGGGAAAUGGGAUACAGUCACAGGCUCUGUUCUCUAGCUCGUUAAAACGGCCGAGUUGGAUCCGUCUCAAAACUACCUUUUCGGUUUUCAUCCUCACGGGGUCCUGGUUGUUGGGGCGUUCAGCAACUUCUGUACAGAGGCCACAGGCUUCUCCCACCUCUUUCCGGGUCUCAAGCCACAUUUACUCAUGCUGCCAUGUUGGUUCCAAGUGCCUCUCUUCCGAGAUUACAUUAUGACCAGUGGUAAGGAAGCCACUUCUCAAGACCCGGGGCACCGAUAUCACCGUACCCCUCUUAUCCUGGGGUGGGGGUGGGGAGCUCCUGUGUUUACCUCUGCCUUGGUGGUAUCCAUGCACCCUAUCCCUUCGUCCUUCCCACCUAGGUUUAGUCUCUUCUGACAAAGCCAGCACUUCCUAUCUCUUGUCCCACCCUGAGGGCGGCCGGGUGGCCGUUCUGGCUGUGGGAGGUCCCCUGGAGGCUUUGGAGGCAAAGCCUGGAACAGUGAGUUUGCGGCUCCGGAAUCAGAAAGGAUUCGUUAAAUUAUCACUGGAACACGGGUGAGGAGUGGGCGGGUGGCGGCGGCGGUGGCAGAGGCAUAUGCACCGGAGCUGCCCUGCAUGAGGGGUAGAGGAAUGUGAGCCCGUAUCUUCAGACUCCCAUCAGCCUCGUGCGUGUCUGUUCCUGUUCCCCCAGGGCCUCGCUUGUGCCUGUCUUCUCCUUUGGAGAGAAUGACCUCUUCCAGCAGUUUCCCAAUCCGCCAGGCUCCUGGGUACGGAGGAUGCAGGAGGCACUUCAGAGGAUACUGAGUGUGGCCCUGCCUCUCUUCCAUGGUCGCCUGGGUCUCCUGAUUCCCUUCCGUGUGCCCAUCCAUACUGUCGUGGGCGCCCCAAUUCCAGUGCAGCGAAGCCCGAGGCCCACCCGGGAACAGGUGAACCGGUUGCACGAGUUAUAUGUAGAGCGUCUCACACAGCUGUUCGAGGAACACAAGAUGCGCUAUGGGGUCCCUGCUGAUCAACACCUUGUAUUCAUCUAGGCACGUCCAUAUCGCCAUGUCCUGGCCUUCCUGAGAGACUGCAGAGAUGUGACUGGGGAGAUGAUUAAAAGUGGGAGCAGACCAA